GAUAGCGCGACACUGGGGGGUUUUUAAUCCGUCUCAUUUUCGUCAAAGGGGCGUUUUUUGUUGCUCCGUGUUACAUUUCAGCAUAAGGACCAGCCGGAGUGUGUGCGUGUGUGUGUGUGUGUGUGUGUGAGAUGGUCUGUAUUAAAGGAGAGAUGGACACUGGGUGCGGGAUGCGCGCGCGUCAGACUGCUGGUAUUAGUAUUCAUGUUAUUAUUAUUAUGACCGCAGUCGCAUGAGCUCCAUCGCGGCAUCAUGAGCACCGUGUCUGCGUCCUGAAGGCACCGUUUCAGCGCGCGAGCAUCCGGUUAUUGGGUGAUGUCAAAGCCUGGGUUGUGGAUGUUGAGACGUCAUUAUUUGCUGCUACAGGAGCUGUAAGCAGUGCACGAGGCGCAGUGAGCGAGGCGGUUAUAUCAAUGCGGCAUAAUCACACGGAGCGGGGAGAAAUGGAGCAGGAGAGGCUCUGAGGGGGAAUUUCGGGCUCUUGCUAAUCAUUUCUCUACCUGCUCAGGUCUCCACCUGUGUGAGGUCACGGGGAGCCGGCACGCGCCCACCGCAUGAAUCACGCGCACUGACCGGGUCUACCAAGCCGUGUGAACUGUUUUUGAGUUUUUUUUGGGGGGGGGGUUAUUAUUAUUUUUUCUUUUUUAGAGAGAGAUUUGCACAGAAACCCUGCAGAGAUGCUCCCCGCAUCAGAAGCCGCCAAGAUCUACCAGACGAACUACGUGCGGAACUCGCGCGCCAUCGGCGUGCUGUGGGCCAUCUUCACCGUGCUGUUCGCCAUCGUCAACGUGGUGUGCUUCAUCCAGCCCUACUGGAUCGGCGACGGCGCGGAGACCCCGCAGGUCGGCUACUUCGGCCUCUUCCACUACUGCAUCGGUAACGGCGUGGCGCGCGAGCUGUCCUGCCACGGCACCUUCUCUGACUUCAGCUCCAUCCCUUCAGGAGCCUUCAAGGCCGCGUCCUUCUUCGUGGCCACCUCCAUGGUGCUGGUGCUCGCCUGCAUCGGCUGCUUCGCGCUCUUCUUCUUCUGCAGCACCGCCACCGUCUUCAAGAUCUGCGGCUGGAUGCAGCUCGCGGCAGGUACCUGCCUGGUCCUGGGAUGUCUGAUCUACCCUGACGGCUGGGAUGCGGAGCAGGUGAAGCGGAUGUGUGGAGAACAGACGGAUAAGUACACGAUCGGGAAGUGCUCGGUGCGCUGGGCCUACAUCCUGGCCAUCAUGGGCAUCAUGGACGCCCUCAUCCUCUCCUUCCUCGCCUUCGUGCUGGGAAACCGGCAGGACGGCCUCAUGGGAGACGAGCUGCUGGGAGACAAGAGUGGAAGUGCGUAGGAGCUCAGCUGGAGGAGAGUGACUCGAUCAGCUGAAAGAAGAGAAGGAGCGUCCUGUGAUCCAGUCACCUUCCAGCUGUUUACCCAGCAUCCUCCGGGGCUGAGGGAUAUGUGUCCAGAGGGAAAUAAAGGAAGACGUCCAGAUUGUGGAAGAAGAAAAGACUUUACACGGCUGUGAGGACUGGACCAGGCAGCUACACACACACACACACACACACACACACACUGCUGUUUAGUCUGUUAGGAUCAGUGUUUCAUCUGUUUGUCUUUACACACACACACACCUGAUAUAAACGUGUCCGUGUUUGGAGUUUGUUCGUUAUUUUCGUGUGUUUAGUCGACCGGACUGAACUCUCCAGGUGAGCGUGAAGAGACCGUUUCCAUGGCGAUGGAUGACGGCAGAGGAUUUCGGGGAAGCCGCGGCAACCUCCGUGUCCUUUCAAAAGAAAAUGACCACAGCAGCGGUGGCAGAAGAAAACCCCGGUGUGUUUCUUUAGCAGGAUUCUGUAGACAGAUGGUGACGAAGGCUGCGUGUCAGUGCCGUGAUGUUUACUUCUGUCUCAAAAGCGUUAAACUGAUCUACACAUAAAAAUAAACAUGGCUAAAGUCCAGUGUAACAGUAAACAGUCUGAAGAAAACAUCAACACUCAACACGUGUAUUUAGCUUUCAGCGUUACACCGAGUCUCCGUUUAAAACUAAACACGGCUACGUGCCGGAUAGCUGGACUCUGAAGCCCCGCCUCCAUGGAGUUUACCACUGGCAGUGUGUAUUAGCAUGCUAGUUUAUGAGAGUAGACACACACACACACACACACACACUCAGUUAUCAUGUGGAACAGAAAUGAAAUUCCUUCCAAACAACAAAAUUCAUUAAAAUUUGUAUUCAUUAGUUUAUAAAUUUUUUAAUAUGAUUUCUAUUAUUACUUUCUGUAUUAAAGGUCAUUUUUUUAUUUAUUUUAUUUUAUUUGUUUGAUCAUUUUCUUCUAGAUAAUUCUAUUAUAUUUUGUUUUGAGGUUUUAUGUUUUAUGGAAUACCCUUUUUAAAAAAUUUUAUUAUUUUAUUUAUUCUAUUAUUUUUUUCAUCAUUUAUUUUGAAGGAUUCUGUUCCGUUGAAUGUCUUAAAAAUUCUCUCUCUCUCUUUUUAUUUUAGCCCAAUUUAUUUUAUUUUAAUCUGUGUUCUAUAUUUUAAUUUUUUUUUUAAAGAACUCUUUUAUUUUUUUUAUUUCAUCAGGAGAGGUUACAUGUGAUUAAAGGAAAUAUCUGGACACUUCACUUAAAAAAAAAAAAAAUCAUAAAUUUUUGGUUAUUUUUGGCCAUGAAAAAAAAUGUAGAUAAAUUAUAGAUCAUUAUUUAAAAAAAAAAAAAAAAAAAAAAAGUUGAAGAAGCUUCAGUGAGUGUUUAAUGGUCUAAGUGUCCAUGUUAGUUAUAGUUAGUUAUAGCCUGCAGCUGUGUGUGUGUGUGUGUGUGUGUGUGUGUUGUGUAACACUGUGAGUGAGCUGACACUCUGCUAGCUAACGCAUCUCCAUGGUUGUAGCUCAGUUAUUUGUUUUGUUUCUGUAGGAAUCUUUGCUAGGUGUGGUCAGUUCUCAGGUGAGUUAAUGAACUAGCGAGUGAGUGACAGGCGGUCAUUAAAGCUCGUUAAGUGAUGGUUAAAAUGCUGCUCAAUACGAUGAAGACAUCAGAACUUUCACACACUUUAAGCGUGACUUUUUUAAUGUGUUUAUAGAUUUGGUUCGUGUUUUUACGGCUAGAAAAAAUACGACACUAGAAACAUCUGCAGUACAGCAUGACGAGCCGGAACAGAAGGGGCGGGGCUUGGAACAGGACAGAAUAGCGAUGGAAAGUUUGGAUCAUUUUACCGACUCGGAUCUUUGAAUCCCGUUCAGCAAAAUGAACGAAUCUUUUUACCAGUCGUUUUGUUCAUUUCAGCAGAAUAUAAUUAGAGUGUUAUGUGUUAAUAGCCAAUUCCCUCCACACAAAACUAUAAAUCAUCCAAGGCCAAAACCAGACUGACCAGAACCAGAACAGAACAUUUUUAUUUUUCAGAAAAUCUUCAUUGCACAAAUCUGCAUUCAAAUUGAUAAUUCGAUGAUAAUUCCUAAAUAUUAUACAAUACAUUAGCAUUAUUGACUUUAAGAUACCAGUCCAGGAAGUGGUCACGUGAUGAACGAACAAACGGCUCAGGCCCGAAGACUCAGGAGAUGAACGAAUCAUUUCUGUUUCCUCCACAGACUGCAGAGCCGAAGCCUAUGAGGCUGUCACGCGACGAACGAACAACUUGGGAGAUAAUCUAAUCAUGUUUCCCGUACAGAACCGAUGCGCAGUCGGAAAAUGAAUGAAUCACUCUCUGAGACAGCUCAUUAUUCCAGAGUCAUAUUAAGGAUUCGUUCAAAAUAAACGACUCGUUCAUGAACGACACAUCACUAGGACAGACAGAACCAACAUGGCUGCCGGAUUAGCUAACUCUACUAGCUCUGUGCACACUAACCAUCUCUGCUGCUUCCUUUCAAGCGUUAAGUUUCUUCAUAACUUCUCUGGACACAUCGUACACGACAGGACGAGAUGAAACCGCGCUCAGUUCCAUCCAUUUCUGUGUCAGUCUGUGGAGUCUAACGCCCGCUGUGAGGGAACAACUGAGGAAAUGUUGAAUCCCAUGCGCUCGCGCUGAUUGUUUGGAAUCGUCACGUGCUGUACAUCAUUUGAGUAAAAACAAGAAAGUAAAUUGUCGUUUAUUACACAGAUAAACACACACAGAUUUGUCACAGAUAAACACACACACACACACGGUGAGAAAUAAACGAUCGUCUGGCGCUUUAUCACUCGCUAGCAUGAAGAUAAACUUCUACUGUUCUACGUCAUUGCACGGUGAAAACUUUUACAUGUGAUGUCAUCAUGUGUGAUCUGGGCUAAUGUUUGCUAGCCAACCUCAUACGCUAGUUCUUCAGCUAUCUGAUAGAAGGAAGCUCGCUAACCUGAUAGGCUAGCUCUUCAGCUAUCUGAUGGAAGGAAGCUUGCUAACCUGAGGUAAAGAUGAGGUUUAGUCGCUCUGUUUUGCUGAUGGGAUCGAGUCACAGCCUUCACGCGGCGUGUGUUGUGAGAGACACGUGGUAUUUACGUUGUAUAUAUUUUGUCUAUUGUGUUUGUUUAUUUGAGGUCCAGCAGGUCUGCGUCUGUUAGCCAGCUAGCAAAUCUAUGCUAAGAACAGCAGCUUCGAGUCACGCUCAUAACCUUCACUGAUAACGCUAACUAGCCAGCUAGCAUAAACCUUACCUUUUUUGUUUUGUUUUUUUGAGUAAUCAGAUCUUAGCGUGGGCGUGUCUUAGAGUUCAUACACUGGCCGCCAGUCUGCAGACCCACCCUUGAAUUUUUUUUCUCCUGAAUUUAUUGUCAUUGAAGUGUAAAUGUAAGAUUGUUAUGUAUAAAAAAAGACAAAUGUGACAUCAUGAAAGAGGAAGGUGUUCUAAUUUUUUAAAAAAUAAAAUAUUGUAAUAUUGUAAACUGUUUAAGAAAAAAAAAACAGCACUGAAAACGAUCUUGAUGGACAGAAACACGGUUGUAGGUGAAAUAAUAACGUGUUUGGACGUGUUUUGUACGCACGUGUCCUGAUUUCACGCAGUAACACUGUCUCUAUGCUACAAGGCUGGAAACAUGCUAAAUUUUCACAUUUUGCAUCAAAUACUGUUUACUUUAGCUAGCAAAUUAGCUUAGCUAGCUUGCAAACUAAAGACAUGUUAGCUAGCUAACCUAAUGUUAAUGCUCACUCUUCAAGUGUAAGUCUAGUUUCUUGAAAUUACCUAGCUCACUAGGUUUCCUACAAAGCUAGCUAACAUAAGGAAUUGCUUUUGCCUGAACACAGCCUUCAGUGCUAUCUUAACAUGAAUGCUAGCUCUUCUGCAGUGAGCUUAGCUAUCUGACGCAAAGCAGCUACAUCACUCUGUGUGACUCGUGCCUGGUUUUAAUUCUGUAAUGUAGCACAUUAGCUAGCUCUCUGAAAAAAUCAGCGUUCUGCUUAAUGUCCGCUAGCUAACAUGACAUUAAAGCCUAGCUAGCGGAUAUUAAAGAUCGAACCAGGCUGGCUAGGAAGCUAGCUAGGUAAUGUGAGGUAAACAAUUCUGGAUUGCUAUUGGCUGAUCCCCUUUAUAGCAUCGCUCUGUAAAAUCAGGACACGACUCGUACUAAACUGAUUUAGAAUUAAUUCUUAUUGUUAUUAUUAUUCUGAUUAUGAUAUCCGUACAUUACUGAAGUCCCCAAUGUCGGGUGUCUGUCUCGUCUGAUGUUCUUGUAUAUAGAAUUUAAAAAAGAAAACGAAAGAAAGAAAUGUAAAUAUUCCAUAAUAUCAUAAAUAAAAACACGCUGUAGAGACUGAUUCAGACGUAAGUGAAUAAAACGUUCUCCCAAAGA